UUAAUAUUAACUAAUAAUAAUUGUAAUUCUCGCCUCGUCGCGGUGGUGGUUACGCAGCGGCGAGACAUCAUACACCCACACCCCUGCCUCCCCGCGCUUACCCUCAACCCCACGCAAAACCGAAUCAAGAAACCGUCGCCGAUUCCCGCGGCCACGUCGACCGUCCCCCUCCUCUCCCCUGCCACCGCUCUCACCCAUUCCCUUCUCGGCGUCACCACGUGCGCCCGAUCGCGCCCCGAUUCUCCCGCGAUCCGUUCUCAUCUUUCACCCCCGAUCCCGUUUCCGUUUCCGCUUCCGCUUCCGCUUCCGCUUCCGUUACGUUUCCGUUUUCCCCUUCCCAUUUCCCUCCUCUUCUUCUCCUUCCCUCCUUCCUUCCUUCUCUUCGAUGCAUCCCUUCUGCUGCGCCACCCCCCCCACCGCCACCACAACGGCCGCCGCCUCACCGAGUUCUCCGCCUCCCUCCGCAGCGGUUCCUUCCACGACCUCGGAGGUCUCGUAGGGGGACCCCUCCACCUCCACCACCACAACCACCUCCACGGCGACGUGAAGCUGAACGAGAUCGUGGGCGGGGGGAUCUCCGGGAUCCUGCACAAGUGGGUGAACUACGGCAAGGGGUGGCGCCCCCGGUGGUUCGUGCUCCAGGACGGGGUCCUCUCCUACUACAAGAUCCACGGCCCCGACCGCAUCGACGUCAACCGCGAGACCGAGAAGGGAUCCAAGGUCAUCGGCGAGGAGUCCGUCCGCCGUCUCUCCCGCCCCCGCGACGGCAACGCCCACGCGCUCGCCCGCAAUCCCAUCGGCGAAGUCCACCUCAAGGUGUCUUCGAUCAGGGAGAGCAGAUCGGACGACAAGAGAUUCUCGAUCUUCACGGGGACGAAGAGGCUGCACCUGAGGGCCGAGACGCGGGACGACAGGGCGUCGUGGAUGGAGGCGCUGCAGGCCGUCAAGGAGAUGUUCCCAAGGAUGUCGAACAGUGAGCUCAUGGCGCCGGUUGACGCUGCCGCCGUGUCCACGGAGCGUCUGCGGCAGCGCCUUCUGCAGGAGGGGGUCAGCGAGUCCGCCCUCCAGGACUGCGAGCAGAUCAUGCGCAGCGAGUUUGCUGCGCUGCAGAACCAGCUCAUGGUCCUCAAGCAGAAGCAGGCCCUCCUCCUCGAAACGCUCCGCCAGCUCGAGUGCCAGGCGAGAGAUGCGUGAAUUUAGCUAGCCUUUUCUCACAUGAUGAUUAAGUUCUAGAUUUCACAAUUCAUGCAGUUUGCUAUUACUUAUUGGAGCAUAACCUUGUACUUUUCGGC